ACGAGGAGGCGAGUCGGUGGAAAAUGACUGGAGGGGGGCUCUUAUCUCGGGGUGAAAUUAGACAUUACGACCAUGAAUUGCAUUUUUUUUCUAUUAAAGUUGCAUUUUUGUCUUUUUUGAACGCUGGCUGUCCAGCUCUGGAGGACGUUUGCUAACAUUGGCGGAUUUGCAAGGCAUUUCUACCACGGAGACGGGGGAGCCGUGCCAGAGACUCGCCGCUAACCGUUAGUCCCUUCCCUCUGCAGCCAGAAUGCCGCGGGACAACACAACUCCUCUUAUUCAGAAAAUAGCAAAGCAAGCCGACAUCACCUUUAGGGGAUUAACGUCGUCGGCUGACGGGGACAAUAAGCUCGCCGCGGACCAGCAGAGUGAACUAAUCUCCUUGGUGACGGCGGUCAGGGCUGCUGACCUGAAAAUUGCUCCCCGGAAUACCAAACCGAGCUCCGGGGCAGCGGGGCUCCACAGCCCCCCGGUCACCUACAUGCACAUCUGCGAGACGGAGGCGUUCAGCAUGGGGGUUUUCCUUCUGAGGACCGGCGCCUCCAUACCGCUGCACGACCACCCGGGCAUGAACGGGAUGCUGAAGGUUCUCUAUGGGAAGGUGAGCCUCCGCUGUUUUGACAAGCUGGAGGAUAACCUGACGACCGCCCCUCACUUCGAGCCCCCGUUGGCUCCGUUCCAGACAGCCUCUCUGCGCCGCACCGUGCUCCGCUCGGUCGCCGAGUACUCUGAGGAGAGCGGGCCGUGUCUCCUCACCCCUCUGCGGGAUAACCUCCACCAGAUCGAGACGGUGGAGGGGCCGGCCGCUUUCCUGGACAUCCUGGCCCCUCCAUACAAUCCAGACGACGGGCGGGACUGUCACUAUUACCAAGCUCUGCAAACUGUGGCCGAGGGGGGGACGGAUGGAAAGAGCGGCGAGGAGCAGCAGGGCGAGGAUGCUUGGCUGCUUGAAAUCCCACAACCAGAGGACUUCUGGUGUGGUGGGGAACCCUACCCAGGCCCUGCGGUCUCUUUCUGAAUGCAACCUCUGAUGAGAGGAACUAUACUGCAGUAUAUAACGGUGAUAACAUCGUGAUUCCAUCCAUCUACAAGAGGGGACUUAGUUUUGCUUUUCUCCACUGGAAAUUCAAACAUGAGGGUCAUUAUUACCUGGUACUCAAAGGGAUUGGGUGCCUUGCUCAUGGUGCUACAGCAGGGCAGAGGCUUGUAGAGACAGAGGCUUGAACUCUUGAUGCCCCACACAGACUAAGGACCACAGAACGGCCUUCUACAAGUCAUCAAUAAUAUUGUCGCUACGGGGAGAAAAGAGUCAACACGAGGAAUGUGUAUUCCUACUAUUUGUCUUUGCACCGUUAUGAAUGUCAUUAGCCAAACGUGCUCUGAAUGCUGGGGUGUCAUUCGGAUCUUUUAUCUUCCACGUGGCUUGGAAAGCCUUUACACAUUAUUAUUUCCACUCUGCUGCAGAGGACCUCCACGUCGUGGCGUGUCUUGAUGCCAACUCGUGCAACUCAAGACGUGCCUGCCUUAGUUGUGAAUAUGGAAUGUUUAGUUAUUAACUGCCAUUUUCUUAUGCACAUCCUUUAUUUCUUCUUUGUGCACACGCUACUUUAUUUCUUCUUUGUGCAUGCUACAAUAUAUAUAUAUAUAUAUAUAUAUAUGUAUGUAUGUAUAUGUUGAUCAGUUAUGUGUGGGUAAAAGCAAAUAAUAAAUAGAAUAAUAAAUAUAUAUUGGAACAGCUGGAACAAUCUUGCAGGCUUCACUGUAAUGCCGUCUUACAAACCAGGAAAAGACAACACUUAUGACAUAUUACCAAAUUUAAAGGGACAAUACCUAGUCUCGCAUCAAGAUAUUGAUAUAAUAUCAAUACACUUCUCAGCUCCGCUAUGGUCUGUAUGAUGUAUAGUAUUUAAUACUGAGGAAGUCCGUGAGUCACAUUUCAGAAGGACAUUUUCAGAUUGAGAACAUUUGCUUGCCCUAAAGCCGACACACUUCCCCUCUUCACUGCCUCGCAGCUCGAUGGACACAAUAUCGUUCCAAUCUUUAUGUCACUUUAGCUUUCACAUCUUUGCAGUCAAACGGCUCCUUUAGGCCGGCGUUGGACAGCAUGUGUGCCAGUUCGACCAUGAUUCUGUUAAUCUGAUGUUGAAUGUAUGUGGAUCAAUAAAGUAGAUGGGGACUCA